AUGACAAUCACCGCGGAGGCUAAGCCCACCAUCGCAUGGCUGGGGCUGGGCAUCAUGGGGCAGGCCAUGGCUGCCAACCUCCUGAAGUCUGGCCACUUCGCGCAGCUGCUGGUCUGGAACCGCAGCGCUGACAAGUGUGACGCGCUGGUGGCCGCCGGCGCCGUAGCGGUGGGAUCGCCAGCAGAGGCAGUGGCACGCGCGGACAUUGUGUUCGGCAUGCUAUCCGAUCCCAAAGCGGCCCUUGAAGUGGCGCUCGGCAAGGAUGGCGUGGUGUCUGCGAUACAGCCGGGCAAAGCGUAUGUUGACAUGAGCACAGUGGAUGAGGAGACCUCCACACAAAUCGCUGCCGCGGUGCGUGCCGCCGGCGGGCGCUUCCUGGAGGGCCCUGUCAGCGGCUCCAAGAAGCCGGCCAUAGACGGGCAGCUCAUCAUCCUCGCAGCCGGCGACGAGUCGCUGUUCAAAGACUGCGCGGCAGCUUUUGACGUCAUGGGCAAGCGCAGCCUGUUCCUGGGUGAUGUCGGCGCGGGGGCACGCAUGAAGCUGGUGGUCAACGGCACUAUGGGCGCCAUCAUGACAGCCUUUGCUGAGGGCAUGGCCCUCGCGGACAAGUCGGGGCUGCAGCAGUCUGACCUGCUUGAGGUGCUCGGCCUGGGCGCCAUGGCGUCGCCCAUGAUUGCGCUCAAGGGGCCGGCGCUGGUCAGCCGCUCCUACCCGCCCGCGUUCAAGCUGGUCAGCCAGCAGAAGGACAUGCGCCUCGUCUUGGCCCUGGGAGACGCCCUUGACCAGCCCUUGCCGGUUAUGGCCGCCGCCAACGAGCAGUUCAAGAAGGCCAAGGCCUUGGGCCUGGGGGAGAGCGACUUUGCCGCUGUCUACGAGGCGGCUGUCCACGGGGCCGGUGGCGGCAGCGGCGGCCAGGCGUGA